GCUCUGCUCCCCGCUUUCUCCCACACUGCACUGCGUGGCGCGUCAUUGAACGGAGCCCAUGAUGGCGGCGCUGGGUGCGAGCGAAGUGAUCGCCCAGCUGGAGAGCGCUGCCAAAGUUUUAAUGGCACCGCCAUCAAUGGUUAAUAAUGAACAACGGCAGCACGCAGAGCAUGUUUUUCUGUCCUUUAGAAAGUCCAAGUCACCUUUUGCAGUCUGCAAGCACAUAUUGGAAACUAGUAAAGUCGAUUAUGUCCUUUUCCAAGCGGCAACAGCUAUAAUGGAAGCGGUCGUAAGAGAAUGGAUCCUCUUGGAAAAAAGUAGCAUUGAAUCACUCCGAACAUUCCUUUUAACCUACGUCUUACAGAGGCCUAACCUUCAGAAGUAUGUACGAGAGCAAAUUCUUUUAGCGGUAGCUGUUAUAGUGAAAAGAGGAUCUUUAGACAAAUCAAUUGACUGCAAGAGCAUUUUCCAUGAAGUCAGCCAAUUAAUAAGUAGUUGUAACCCCACAAUGCAAACGUUGGCCUGUUCCAUAUUAACGGCACUUUUAAUAGAGUUCUCCAGUUCGAGUAAAACCAGUAACAUAGGCCUGAGUAUGGAGUUCCACGGAAGCUGUAAGAGAGUAUUUCAGGACGAGGAUCUCCGGCAGAUUUUUAUGCUAACGGUAGAAGUACUACAGGAAUUCAGCAGGCGAGAGAACCUUAACGCACAAUUGUCUUCGGUGUUCCAGCGCUACCUUGCACUAGCCAAUCAGGUUUUAAGCUGGAACUUCUUGCCUCCAAACUUGGGCAGACAUUAUAUAGCAAUGUUCGAGUCCUCCCAAAAUGUGAUGCUGAAGCCUACGGAGUCCUGGCGAGAGACCCUCCUGGACAUCAGAGUUAUGGAGCUUUUCUUUACUGUACAUCGCAAGAUCCGAGAAGAUUCCGACAUGGCCCAGGACUCUCUCCAGUGUUUGGCACAGCUGGCUUCCCUCCAUGGCCCCAUCUUUCCUGACGAGAGGUCCCAAGUGGAUUACCUGGCACAUUUCAUUGAAGGAUUAUUAAAUACUAUCAACGGGAUAGAAAGUGAGGAUUCAGAAGCUGUUGGGAUUUCCAAUAUAAUCAGCAAUUUAAUAACCGUUUUCCCACGCAAUAUUUUGACUGCCAUUCCCAGUGACCUUUUCUCAUCUUUUGUUAACUGCCUCACACACCUCACUUGCACUUUCGGAAGAAGCGCUGCACUGGAGGAAGUACUCGACAAGGAUGAUAUGGUCUAUAUGGAGGCUUAUGAUAAGCUGCUCGAAUCCUGGCUCACUUUGGUACAAGACGAUAAGCAUUUCCACAAGGGCUUCUUCACCCAACAUGCGGUCCAGGUCUUUAAUUCUUACAUUCAGUGUCAUUUGGCAGCUCCGGAUGGCACAAGAAACUUGACUGCUAAUGGUGUGGCGUCCAGGGAGGAGGAGGAAAUUAAUGAAAUCCAAGAAGAUGAUCGGGACUUGUUUUCUGAUCAACUGGCCAGUGUUGGGAUGUUGGGAAGAAUUGCAUCAGACCACUGCAUACCUCUGCUGACUAGCUUGUUAGAAGACAGAGUAACCAGGCUUCAUGGGCAGCUGCAAAGGCACCAACAGCAAUUAUUGGCCUCCCCAGGAGCUGGCUCCGUAGAUAAUAAAGUUCUGGAUGACCUGUAUGAGGACAUUCAUUGGCUUAUCUUAGUUACAGGCUACCUCUUAGCUGAUGAUACUCAGGGUGAGACUCCGUUAAUACCUCCAGAGAUAAUGGAAUAUUCCAUAAAGCAAUCGACUGAGGUUGAUAUCAACACAACACUGCAGAUUCUGGGAUCUCCUGGCGAAAAAGCCUCAUCGAUACCAGGGUGCAACCGAACAGAUUCUGUCAUCAGGUUGGUAUCUGCUAUUCUGAGAGCUUCAGAAGUAGAGUCUCGGGCAACACGGGCAGAUUUAACGCACCUUCUCAGCCCCCAAAUGGGAAAAGAUAUUGUUUGGUUCCUGAAACGAUGGGCAAAGACAUAUCUACUUGUAGAUGAAAAACUGUAUGACCAGAUCAGCUUGCCAUUCAAUACGGCAUUUGGUGCAGACACAGAAGGCUCUCAGUGGAUCAUUGGCUAUCUGUUAGAGAAAGUGAUUAGUAAUCUCUCUGUGUGGAGCUCUGAGCAGGAGUUGGCAAAUGAGACCGUUCAGUUGCUGGUUACACUGGUAGAAAGGAGGGAGAGAGCUAAUUUAGUAAUUCAGUGUGAAAACUGGUGGAAUUUAGCCAAGCAGUUUGCACGAAGAAGUCCGCCCCUCAACUUCCUGUCCAGCUCUGUGCAGAGAACUUUGAUGAAGGCUUUAGUUUUAGGAGGCUUUGCUCAUAUGGACUCUGACACCAAACAGCAGUACUGGACCGAGGUUCUACAGCCGCUCCAGCAGAGGUUUUUGAAUGUCAUAAAUCAAGAAAAUUUCCAGCAAAUCUGCCAAGAGGAGGAAGUCAAACAAGAAAUCACAGCCACGCUGGAAGCCCUCUGUGGUAUCGCAGAAGCCACGCAGAUCGACAACGUGGCCAUCCUCUUCAAUUUCUUAAUGGACUUUUUAACGAACUGCAUUGGGUUAAUGGAAGUCUACAAGAACAACCCAGAGACUGUGAAUUUAAUUAUAGAGGUUUUUGUUGAAGUUGCACAUAAACAAAUUUGUUACCUGGGAGAGUCAAAGGCCAUGAAUCUGUAUGAAGCGUGCCUGACUCUACUGCAAGUUUAUUCCAAGAACAACCUUGGGAGGAAGCGUAUUGAUGUCACAGCAGAAGAGGAUCAGUACCAGGACCUUCUCCUCAUUAUGGAGCUACUUACUAAUCUGCUUUCCAAGGAGUUCAUUGACUUCAGUGACACAGAUGAAGUGUUCAGGCCUCAUGAACAAGGACAAGCGACCAACAGGCCAGUGUCUGCGGCUGAUGUUGUGUUAUACGGCGUCAAUAUUGUUCUGCCAUUAAUGUCACAAGAUCUGCUAAAGUUUCCCUCUCUGUGCAAUCAGUACUACAAGCUCAUCACCUUUAUUUGUGAGAUCUUUCCUGAGAAGAUUCCUCAGCUCCCUGAAGACCUGUUCAAGAGCCUAAUGUACUCCCUUGAGUUAGGCAUGACCUCGAUGAGCUCGGAGGUAUCCCAGCUUUGCCUUGAAGCCCUGACCCCACUGGCUGAGCAGUGUGCAAAAGCCCAGGACACCGACUCCCCUCUACUUGCAGCAACGCGGCACUUUCUAAAGUUGGUCUUUGAUAUGCUAGUUUUGCAAAAACAUAACACGGAGAUGACGACGGCAGCAGGAGAAGCAUUUUAUACGUUGGUGUGUCUCAAUCAGGCUGAGUAUGCUGAAUUAGUGGAAACGUUAUUAUCAAGCCAACAGGAUCCCCUCAUCUACCAGCGAUUGGCCGACGCCUUCAACAAACUAACCGCAAGCAGCACUCCUCCCACUCUCGACCGCAAGCAGAAGAUGUCUUUCCUUAAGAGCUUAGAGGAGUUCAUGGCCAACGUGGGCGGCCUCCUUUGUGUAAAAUAAAGGCUCCAGCUGUAAAUCCUCUCUGCAAAAUGCACUGAAAUUGCUGACCGCUGUCUACGAUCCCAGCCCAUCUUCCCCAGGCCUUUCACAUGCAUGUCUGGGUCACUCGCUGGCCUAACUAUUUAACUGAAUGGGGGGGUCUAGAUGAAUUCAGCACAAGACUAGACGUGCGGCACAGUCUCGUGCGCCAACAGUUGAAUGGGGGUAGAUGUAUUUUUUUAAUAAAUGCCUGCAAAGAGUAAUAGGCACAGUUACAGCACUUGGUAGUGCCUUGCCCACAUCCCUCGACUCCAUUGGCCAGAAGCAAACCUUGCCUGAACUCUUUUAUAGAAUGUAUUUUUCCAUUUUGUUUUUUUUUCUGCAACAACGUUAGACUGAAUGUGCGGUUGACACCGAUGUACUGAGGGGGGGUGUGAGCAGGAGUUCGGUUUUUUUGUUUGUUUUAAUGUUUCCCCCCUCCCCUUGCUUCUGCUUCAGUGGAUACACCAAAUGACGUUUAAAAACACAAAAUUGUGGGGAUAUUUUUGUGGACAUUACCCAAGUGUUGCAUGUUUUUAUGUUUAUUUUUUUUUCUACUAUGUCCAGCCUAAAAUCCAGAAAGAAGGACCAGGGCGGGCGGGGGUUGGGACGGGAUAAAAAGGAAAAAAAAAAGGAUGUAUAUUUUUCGUUUCUUAGAACGAAUCUUAGGAAUUGUCACCAUUUCAUUGCCUUAAAUAAUAAUUUCUAUGUGUAUAUAUGUAUAGAUAUAUAUACAUAUAUACGAUGUGUAUAUGGUUUUGGAAAUGCUCCCAAAGUAAACUUUAGUUGCCGGUUCCAUAUGAGGCUGUGAGGCCUGCUGUAUAGAAACCCCCAGCCUGAGCACUGUUUUAUCUGGGGUUAUAUCCGAUGCAACAAGGACCUUGGGAUUUACUUUGGAUUUGUGUUUUGCACACCCAGACACAGCUUCUUUUAAGCCUCUCUGUUGGACUGUUAGUUUCAGCAAUAUCAAAUGAAAGGAUGUAAGCUGCAGAUUUAUACACACUAUUUUUUAAAGCUGGGGCAUUAGGUGAUGCAAAAGAUGCUAAAUGUGCUGUCAGAUGUCUCCCCAAGUGUCCCCCCCCUCCCCUUUUUUUUAAAUUUGUAUAAAGUGUACAGUAUAAACCGCGA